AUGGCGGAACUUCCACCACAAAGUAAAGUAAAAAUUCGCGAAAUUGUGCAACUUGAAAUUGAAGUUACCGCAUUAAUUCAAGAAACUACGAAUAUUAGUGAAUCCCAGGAUGAACUGAAUCAAGUAAAUACAAAAGUUAAGAAGUUAAUUCAAAGUUUGAGACGAAAACUGGAGGUUUGUGUUAAACAUAAAUUUUUAGAUUUUUGUGUUGUGCUCUGAAUGUUUCAAUUUUAUGUUGUUUCAAUUUUAUGGUAGUGUACUCAUUUAGGAAUUGAAACAAAUCGGAGAAGAACAAGAUAAAGAAAGCAGUCAUGUUAAAAUCACGGAGGAAGUUGACAAACAUUAUUAUAAUUUAUCAAGGUACUUUAGUUAAUUUGAAUAAAUUACGUUCAUUUCUGUAAUAAUAUUAACUCCAGAUAAAAGUCCUAUGAUUGGAUCAAGCCAACAUGUGAUCUGUUGUAGGUAUAAAACACAUGUGUGUUUAUUCUGUUGCUUUGUGUGACCUUGGGGCACAUGUCACUGCAGCCAGUCCCCCCUGACUGGAAAGUUUGGAAAUUGCACAACUGAGUAAAUAUUAAUAUAUAGAAAGCACCAAAAUUGCAUGCCUGAUAUCUUGGUUGCGCGAUACAAACUUUCCACACUGGUCAGUCCCUGUAAUUUGUUUUCUCACACUGGGUUGCCAUUUGUUCUGCCACUGCAAGCAGGGCGGUGCCUUUAUUAUUUAUCUUCAAUAACAUAUCUGUUUAUAAAAAACAUGAUUAACAAAUCCCGGAUAACAGUUCAGUUCAUAAUCUAAACAAAAACUAUAUAUAACUCAAAAAACAUUAGUAUCCACCAAUCUGGGAGGGUGGGUGGGUAACUGCAUACAAUGUGCAAAAAACUCACAUGACUUUAUACAACUCAUGUGACCUAACACAAGGCAUCCCAAUAUGAGAAAACUGGUUUUCGCUUAUUUCGUAAACUCGGACAGUGAGAAACUCAAAGUCUUAAUUUGUGACUGAGCCUUCAGUGUGUUGUACCUGAGUUUGCAGGAUCAUGCCCCAGAUAAUAUAGGGUGUGGGUUACGUGAAUGGUCUGCUGUUACGGUAGAGGCAAGCAUCUCGAUUACAGUUACUGUAGGUUAACAUUUUGUGAAUUAUUUCUGCCACAACUCUAAAACAAUUUUGCUAAAGAGAAUGCUAAAUACAGAAAUCUAAUAUCCAAUUUCAGCAUGCAAGGAAAUUUUCGUAAAGCAAUCACGAAAGCCCAAAUUUCUAUUGAGAAAUACGAAAAGAGUCAGUUAAUGUCAGCUGAACCAAAAAAUGAACUACGACACAGGUAACCAAGUCAUAAUAUACUUAUAUAACUGCAUCUUACAGGUCUUGCCAAAUGAAUUUGGUUUUAUGGUUGUAGUAAGUCUAGCAAGCUGCAAUGAAUGCUUCUUUGUAAUCUUGAUCCUUCUGCCAUUUGACAAUUUUAUUUUGUGAGGGUCAAGUAUUGACUGCAUGUUCACAGUUAAUUUAAUUUUUAGACAGCAAAGCAAAGAGGGCUUGGCAAAAAGUGCCAGCAGCAUAACAGAAAAUUUAAUGAGUAUAGCAAAAAUGAUGGAAAGUCAAGUUCAACAAAGCAGAAAUAAUACUGAAGUUUUAAGUAAGUAUCUUUUGCCAUUAGGAGUAAUCCUUAUGUGUGAGAAAAAUCAACACUGCUUAGCAUAA